AUGUCUCACUCAAUAUCAGAUUCGGACACUGCACAGCUUUCACAAUGUCCCAGCCACCUUUCGAAGCGCCGCAAACUACAACCUGUCAACCCCGAGACGCGCCGCACAUCUCCGCCCCAUUCGCAUCCAUCGAGAUUAUCAAACCCAGCGUUACAGUCGUUGCAUGCAUCUCCAGAAUCGUUCGCACGCACCGAAGACGUGCUCAAGAAUAUACAUCCACCUGUUUCAGAUGAGCCAGAUGAGAAAACAGCGUCAAUAGCACAUUGGGUCAUCAACUGCGAAGCUGACACGAUGGCACCACCAACACCACGAAGUGGAUCUGUUUCCUCCAGCCGUGGUAGACGCUCCUCUAAGCAUUCUGCACGUGCGUCUCGAACUCCCAGCCCUAGUAAACGAACGUCACCACAAACGUACCGUAACCAGAAUAUGUCUUACGCUGGAGUCUUCAUUGACGACCUAAAUGAACUUCCGCACGAUAUCGAGUGUAAAGUGCGAUAUAUACUAGGAACAGAGUCUUUAGACAACGUAAUUGGUACAAUAGAAGACGGAUCGCAGCAGGCGACCUAUGUAAAAAGGUUCCUGGAUCAGUCGCGUUAUCACGCAAGAAGUUGUUCGCUUGAAGGCGACUGGAAGGCUAGUUUGUUCAGUCUAAUGGGCGACUUAGCGCGAGACAACUUCCAAUGUCAUACAUCAGAGAAGCUCUGGAAUGCCGACCUCAAACCCUCGCCGCCUGGCGUGGCCCAACCGGAUGAUGAAAGCGGCGCGUCGACACCGCGCUUUCCACAGCCGCAAUCUGUGCUCCCCAACUUCGAUUCACAAUCAGCUUCCGGGUUCCCAGGGCCAGUGCCUUCACUACAACCGUACACACCUUCCAUCGCUUAUACGACCAGCAGCGAAGCUGCCGACCCAUUCCACAUCUCAACACCAAAGCCGGACAUCGUAGUAGGGCUUGAAGACAGGGAUUUUGCGCCAACGCAUCGAGUUCGGUUGGCCAAACACCAAAGUUUUGGAUCAAUACUGAGCGACCCGCAUACAGCAGCCAUGGGCUUGCGUUUUCCUUUUCUGAUUGCAGAGACGAAGGGUUUGAGCCUGAAUGGGGGUCUGGUGGCUGCGCAGAAUCAAGCUGCUAUUGGUGCUGCUUGUAUGCUAAAGAUACUGGAUGACCUUGAGAGUCAGGCCGCACUGCCCACGGGAUCUGCGUCUCCAGCAGAGUCACCGCUCUGUUUCUCUAUCACGACCGAGGGUCCAGUACAUGAGCUAUGGGUGCAUUUCAAGCUUGGAGAGGCGACUCAUAUGCACAAUAUCAGGACAUGGCGCACGACGCGCGAACGCGAUGUGUGGGAGCUGGUGUGCUGCCUCACUCGAAUUUUGAAGUGGGCGAAAGAUGAUUUCAUGGUGAAAAUACAAGAGAAGUUGAAUGCGGUACCAGACUAG